AUGGCAGACAAAAGCUCGGCACGGAUCCAUUGGGCGGUUCAGGGCGGCCAACUGUGGCGAAAGUUGCUAUAUCGGAAGAUAGAUGAGACUAUCGCUCUGACCGGACGUCAUGAAGGUCUUGGAUUUUCGACCAAGGAUGCCAUUAUCUCAAGAAUUUUAUCCUUGGCCAAGGUGACACAUGCACUUUACCUGGUGGAUCAUCCACCAUUGACACUGAAGGGUGCCUGGAAGAAGCUUGUAUCGUCUCAACGCAAGCGAGCUGUGAUGGCCUGCUUCCGAAUGGUGCCUCUAUAUGCACUGCCUCGGCAUCGUGGCAUUAAUCUCUUCUUGAAUAGUUACGUGACCGAAUGGCUUGACUACGAGGAGUCACCAGGUGUCCAACUGAUUGAGGAUGUGACUGCCGAAGCAGAAGUUCCAGGCUGUGGUGGAGUGGUUGUUGCCACUCCCGCCAGCGAGGACCAGCUGGCGGUGAGUUCUUCUACAGGCAAGUUUGGGUCGGGCGGCACGGACGUAAAGGAAAUGGUAACUAAGACGGGUAGCAGCAACAAAUUAGAAGAUAAAGAUGCAGAAAGGAAACACGAUUCGGAAGGUGAGCUUAUUUGGCUUUAA